UGUAGCUUAGUGGACUGGACUAGACGGGCUAGGGGAGGAUGAACUGAGCGGAUAAAGAUGUAAAUAAAAACAGUCGUCCCCCAGCUGAUCGAGGCGUUUUUGGAUCAAUCAGGCAGACAGUGGCUCCUUUUGAUUAAACCCCAAAUUGUCAUUGGGCAGAGGUAAUCAUGUGACAGGCAAUUCGGUCCAAUUUCAACCUUGUCUCCAUGAAUUCAAUAGUUUAAUAGCAGCUCGGUCCCCAUACGGCCGUAAUCAGUGACAUAGCAUAGAAACACCACCAGGAUAUUUUUUUAAUGACUUUUUCUUUUUCGUCGCCACUGAGCCGCAACAAUUCUAAAAAUACGCGCGCAAACUUUCCAAGGCUCUCAGGGAGCGGAGAUGAAUUACGAAUUCGAGCGAGAGAGCGGUUUUAUCAAUAGUCAGCCAUCGCUCGCUGAGUGCCUGACAUCUUUCCCCCCUGUCGCUGAUUCAUUUCAAAGUUCAUCAAUCAAGAGCUCGACGCUUUCACGCCCGACACUGAUUCCUCCUCCCUUUGAGCAGACCAUCCCUAGCUUGAAUCCGGGCAGCCAUCCGCGCCACGGCCGGCCGAGACACAGCCCCGACGGAUGCAGCCCGCUGCCCACCGCCUCCUUACCCCCGGAGUACCCGUGGAUGCGGGAGAAGAAAGCCUCCAAGAGGAACCACCUGCCGACCUCCAGCGCUACCGCCAUUUCCAAUGGGCCCGAGUGCUCGUUUUCUCCCAAAGGCUCGCCUGAGAUUGUGGAGAGCGGUGGGGGAGGUGGGGGCUCCCGCCGGCUGAGGACAGCGUACACCAACACACAGCUGCUGGAGCUGGAGAAGGAGUUCCACUUCAACAAGUAUCUGUGCCGGCCGAGGAGGGUGGAGAUAGCGGCCCUGCUGGACCUGACCGAGAGGCAGGUCAAAGUGUGGUUCCAAAACCGGCGCAUGAAGCACAAGCGCCAGACCCAGACCAAGGAGAACCACAACGGGGAGGAGAAAGGCCAGGGCGCCGAGGACGGAAUCCACAGCGACGAGGAGGACGAGGGGCCCCUGUACGAGCGGAGCGGGGCCCUGCUGGAGAGAGAUACCUGCUCCUUUCAGAACAACUCCCUGGGCUCUAUGCAGCAGCUCCACAAUGGCGAGUCCAUGAUCUUUGCUGCUGCGCCGCUGAACAGCAAUGACAAAAAUCUGAAACAUUUUCCCAACCCGUCACCCACUGUUCCGGGCUGCAUGUCAACAAUGGGCCCAGGCUCGGCAUCUGGCCCGGACAAUGGGGACAGUCCCCCGGCCCUGGAGGUUUCUAUACACGAUUUUCAACCUUUCUCCUCGGAUUCCUGCCUACAGCUCUCCGACGCAGCCUCGCCGAGUUUAUCGGAGUCUCUGGACAGCCCCGUUGACAUUUCGGCGGACAACUUCUAUUUUUUCUCGGAGUCCCUAACUACAAUCGACCUGCAGCAUCUAAACUAUUAACUGAAAUCAAUCAAGUUCUUAUCUUUCAUUUGGACACUAAAUAUCAGGUUGCGAUGGUGUUAACUGUGUUGUUAGUUGUACAUCCCGAACAUGUAUUCUGUUGGUAUUUGAUUUGACGAUUAAUACAAGGUAAGGAUGACAUGAAAUCACUGAAAAAGCUUCUACUCACAUAUUGUAAUUUACAGCAAAUUGUUCUCUUGGAAUGAAAAUUAUGAGUGUUUGUGAAUAGUUUCACAGUAGACCUAUGGAGCCUGGUCUUUUUAUUUUUGUAUAGCUUCCAAUGUCUUGGAUAUUUUUGUUAGAAUACAAUUAACUUGCUACAAUACUUUU